CUAACCCCCGCCUUUCUCUCUCCAAAGCUAAACUUUUCUUUCUCUUUCUCUCUCUCUCUGACACACAGGACCAUAGUCCCUCCCUUCUUUCAGAAGCUUCACCUCUCAGCAUUUACUCCUCUGCUACUUCUCUCAUCUCUCUCUCUCUCUGUGAAGAUUUUAAGUAUUGAUCCACUUAAAAAGGCUGUGUUUAUAAAAAGGGUGUUCAUCUGUGCAAUGUAGGUGAUGUACGAUUGAUUUCAUGGGUUUGGAGUAAAGGGUGCCAAAUCAAAUGGGAAAGCUUCAUCAAAACAAUCUGGGAUCAAUUGUUCUAGACCAUCAACCCACCACCGCCGGAGGCGGUGGUGGGAAUUUCAAGUUUUGGUCGUCAUGUCGUCGUAGAAUCAUUGCUACAAUGAGAUGCGGUGGAGGCGGGUAUCGCCACCGCGAAACUGUUAUGUCUCCGGUGAUUGAGAAGCCGAAGGAGGAGAGUAAGAGAUCCGAAUGCAGAUCUGAUGUGAUUAAGAGCUAUAACAACUGUAAGAGUAAGAAGUCUGACAAGCUUUCGGAGUUGCUGAGGAUGUCGGAGUUGUGGGAGGAGGAGGAGGAAGCGGUGAAGAAGAAGGUGGAAGUGUUGGAGGAGUUAAAGCGGGUGGUGAAAGGGUUACAGUGCGGCGGUGAUAUCGAACUUUUGAGUGGCGCGAAGGAUGUCAGAAGGUUAGCGAAGGAAGAUUCCGAUGCCAGAACGACUUUAGCAUUGCUUGGAGCAAUCCCGCCGUUGGUCGCCAUGCUUGAUUCCAACGAUCUCGAUUCUCAAAUCGCCGCCCUCUACGCCCUUCUAAAUCUCGGAAUCGGCAACGACGCGAACAAAGCCGCCAUUGUUAAAGCAGGAGCAGUACACAAGAUGCUCGAUCUAGUCAAAACCCCAAAUCAAGAUUCGCCAAACGCCGAUUUAUCCGCAGCAAUUGUAGCCAACUUUCUAGGGUUAACAGCAUUAGAUUCAAACAAACCCAUCAUCGGAUUAUCAGGAGCCAUCUCGUUCUUAAUCAAAACCCUAAAAAAUUCCACCAAAAACAUCAAUCCCCAAGUGAUUCAAGACUGUUUAAGGGCACUCUACAACCUAUCAAUCCUGCCAUCAAAUAUCUCCCCAAUGAUCGAAAUCGAUGAUUUCAUCCCUUUUCUCUUGACCACAUUAGGAGACAUAGAAACAAGCGAUAGAAUCUUGUCAAUUUUAAGCAACAUUGUCUCAACCCCUGAAGGUAGAAAAGCCCUAAGUAGUGUCCAAGAUUCAUUUCAUACAUUAGUCGAUGUUUUAAAUUGGAUGGAUUCACCAAAUUGUCAAGAAAAGUCAACGUACAUUUUAAUGGUGAUGGCUCACAAAUCAUAUAGAGAUAGACAAGCCAUGAUUGAAUCGGGGGUUACAUCUUCCCUCCUUGAACUAACACUCUUAGGAAGCACUUUAGCGCAAAAACGAGCUUCUCGUAUUUUGGAGACUUUAAGGAUGGAUAAAGGUAAACAAGUGUCCGAAACCUUUGUAGGAACUACGACAGGGGCGAAUCUAUCAGCGCCCCUUUAUGGGUCUGUUGAUCUGGUUAAAUCCAGACCAACAGACCCCAUGAAUCCAGAGAUGAUGAGUGACGAAAAUAAGGCGGUGAAGCAAUUGGUACAACAAAGUUUGCAUAGCAACAUGAGGAGGAUAGUGAAAAGGGCGAAUUUACCUCAAGAUUUUGUGCCUUCGGAGCGUUUUAGAUCGCUUACAUCGAUUUCGACUUCAAAGAGUUUACCAUUUUGAGAUGAAAAUCUUAUCAUGUGUUUGUUUUUGUACCUUGUUAUAGUAGGUUGAUCUUGUGGUUAUUAUGUAUGAUGAUGUCUUUUGUUUUUGGUCUUAGAAUACUACUAGAAUGACCAAUGUUUUUGGGGAUCUUAAUAUGUAUUGUAGAACAUAGAAUCUUUAGUUUACAACUUUUGUGUAGUUCUAUGUAA